AUGACAGUCUCGUAUUCAAAGCUGAGAUCACCUCGCAAAAAGAGGAGUUAUAAUAUAGCUAUGGUGUCAGAUUUCUUCUAUCCUCAACCUGGAGGAGUUGAACUUCAUAUUUACCAUCUGUCCCAACGUCUUAUUGCAAGAGGCCAUUCCGUCAUCAUAAUUACACAUGCCUAUAAAGAUAGAACUGGAGUGAGAACACUUACCAACGGGUUGAAAGUCUAUUAUGUUCCGUACCUUGUCCUUUAUCGAGAAUGUACCUUCCCUACAGUUUUUUCAGCAUUUCCCACCCUUAGACAGAUUUUUAUCAGAGAAAACAUAGAUAUUGUACAUGGACACGGAAGUUUUAGCUCGCUUUGUCAUGAAGCUAUUCUCCAUGGAAAUACUAUGGGGUUAAAAACAGUCUUCACUGAUCACUCAUUGUUUGGCUUUGCUACCGUUGGAUCAAUUCUCGGAAACAAACUCCUCAAGUUUACGUUGACCGAUGUAGGUCAUGUAAUUUGUGUCAGUAAUACUUGUAAAGAGAAUACUGUUCUACGUGCAUCGCUGGAUCCAGCCUGUGUAUCUGUUAUUCCAAAUGCUGUUGUUUCUAGCGAUUUUGAACCGGCGGAAGAAACACCUUCCCUCAAAACGAUCACAAUUGUGGUUAUAUCAAGACUUUUUCCGAACAAAGGUGCAGACCUUUUAACGGCAAUAAUUCCACGGCUUUGUUUGCGCCAUCCGGAAAUUCGAUUUUUAGUCGCUGGCGAUGGCCCCAAGUUCAUUGAUCUGGAGCAGAUGCGUGAAAGAUACCAACUCCAAGAUAGAGUUCAAUUGAUAGGUAGUAUUAGGCAUGAGCAGGUUCGAGAUGUGAUGGUUCAAGGCCAGAUUUAUUUGCAUCCUUCAUUAACGGAGGCAUUUGGAACAGUGUUAGUGGAAGCAGCAUCGUGUGGAUUGUUAGUGGUAACAACAAACGUUGGUGGUAUUCCUGAAGUUCUCCCUGGUAAGAUGACUGUCUUUGCAGACCCAGAGGAAGAUUCGUUAGUGAAUGCCGUCAAUGUAGCCGUUAGCAAACUUAAACAGAAUAAAAUUGAUACAUCUUGUUUUCAUAAAGAGAUUGAGAAGAUGUAUGACUGGUCGGACAUAGCAGUGCGAACGGAAAAGGUCUAUGAUAAUGUUUUCGAACAGGAGAAUCUUACCCCAGUCAACAGACUUAUCAAAUACUACAAUUGCGGUUCUUGGGCCGGAAUUUUGUUUGUUCUUUGUAUCGUUGUUGACAAUUACAUCCUUAGAGUUUUAGAGUGGUGGAUGCCAAGGGAGGACAUAGACGGAGCCAAGAAGUGGCCCAACAAAUACUAUUCGCAUACACUGUAA